AGUUAACCGUCGGUUAACUUAACCGAAGAUUGAUGAAAAAGGCUCUAUAUAUGCUAUGGGAACAUCUGCAUAUAUCGACUGAUGAUAUCGAAUAUCGAUAAACAUCCUAGUUUCCAAGAAACAUUUGCAUCACGCGUACCUGGGAGAUCACUGUAAGUCGGGACUGCCCGGCUUUUUAUAUCGUUAAUUGUGACUUUUCAGAACAUUCAACGAUCCCCGGAAUAAACAUUUCGUUCCCCUCUUUAUACCUAUUCGUUACGUGUGCUCUUAUCAUUCUCAUUUCAUCGCUUCCACCCUGUUUUUUUUCCCGUUCGUCGUCGACUGAUACGCGACAAAACAAAAUUGUUCCUUACAGCAGACAAUGCAUUGCGUAAAACCAUGAAAUUCUACGAGAAUCCGGAUUGUGUGCCUUUGGAAGAACUGCAGUUAAACGUCAAGAAUGAUGGAGUAGUGGUUAUGAUAAACGCACUGAAUGCAAGGUGGGCAGACAAACGUUAUUUUCUACAUUAUGAAGUACCGGAAAUAUAUAACAAUGAUGGAUCAGAAAUUGUAGGUGCCAAAGAUCGCUGGUUGGAGAUUGUAAAUUAUAUUAUCGAAGAUCUGAACUGGCUAUUGGAUCUUCCAUUCUAUCGAUUCUGGUCCAAUAUUGUAUAUAACACUUCAAUUAUGGAUACAUUAGUGUCCUUUUUACAAGAGGCUCCACCUUUCUAUGUCUUGGAAAAUUUUCCUGCUGAACCAAAGAUGCGUGAGGCAUUAGAAAGUCUUCGUCGCAAUGUACUUCUUGUCUUUGCACGUCUCUGCACGAACAAAAUGAGUACUACAGAAUAUAUGAGCCGUCCAUUUCUAGGAAAUCUAUUAUAUGACAAUUAUAUAUUUACUAUACCAAUUAUAUUUGAUUUAUGUCAACUAUAUGGCAGAGAAAACAACAAAGUUAUAGAAAAAAUUAUACAAUGUGUAUUUAACUUACAGCCACUGUAUAAUGACGACCUUCAAAAAUCUGUGCCAUGCCUCAUAAAGGUAAUGUAGUGCUUUUCAAAAAUGUUGAAACGCAAAUUUGAGGAUCACCCAAAUGACACAACUGAAGCAGUGGCACUUUUACAGAGAAGAGGCUCCAUUGAGAUGUCAUUACAUAAUUUAGAGGAUUUGAUACUCUAUAUUCUAGAUAUAUCAUCGACUCUCUCUAUAUUAUUAAAAACGUAUUCUCCAUUAAUUGCUGCAUUUCAUAGAGAAGAUUUUAUAAACAAGAUAGUUUCAUUUUAUGGGAGCACAAUACCUGAAAUGUAUAAAAAGUUAGAUAAGUUAGCAUAUAGUGAAGAAAAUAUGCCAAAGUACAUUGAAUUGAAGCAUCGUCUCGAUGUAAUCAGAGUGGAAAUAUUAAAUCUUUAUCGAAUUAUUAUCUAUGAACCUAUAUUAAGUAUUCAAGAAAAGAUAAGUACAAUAACCGAAAAUGGAAUAAGGAAUUGCAUAGAUGAAUAUUUGAACUCACUGAUGAAUGCCAUAUCCGAAAAAGAAUUUAUUAUGGAUUAUCAUCAGUUUUAUCCAAUUGAUGUCGAUCUCGAAAAUAUAAUCAGACUUUGUCCUGAAGUUGAUAUGAUAAAAUGUGACUAUAUCUUACAAUCAUUACAUGCAUCGAUUGGAGACAUUCAGAUGUUGGUUAACGCUUCUUGCAAUAAUACAAAUAUGGCCAUUGCUGGACCUAGUGGCAUUCAAAGUAAUCGAAAAGAAUCCAAAAGUAACAAUGAUAUAACUUGCAUGAACAAGGUGGACUCUGUUUCUAAAGAUCCAGAUGAUAUAAAGAUUCUAAUUUCAAAAGUGAAAGAAAUUUAUACUGACUAUGGUGAAGGUUUUAUCCAGCUAUGUUUACAAUAUUAUAAAUAUAAUGUUGAAACUGUGAUAAAUGCAUUUUUGGAAGACAGUUUACCUUUUAAGUUGAAAGAGCUUGAUAAAACAAUACCAUAUAUACCACCGGAUCCAAUGGAAACAAUCACUGUGGAUGCUACUACGAAUCUAGCCAGUGGUUUUCAAAAACUGAAUGUUUCUGAUAACGAAUUUGAAGUUAUGCCAGAGAAGUUUUUAGAUACAUUAAACACGAGAAAAAAGCAAGAUAAGUACAGAAAUGCAAACGAAUUAUUAAAUGAUAAGUCUGAAAUUAAGAAAGCACGGAAUAUUUAUGAGAGAUACAGCCUUGUUGUUGAUGAAUAUGAUGAUGAAUAUGACGACACAUAUGAUAGCCAUGAUAUUCGUGGUAGUGCACCGGACGAUUCUACAGAAAUAGACGCUAGAUCUUUCACUACUCCAAGGGUAUUUCGUACACACAAUAAAAAUAAUGAUAGUUCCGAAAAUGACACUGAAAUUGAAGAUGAGAAAUCUGUACGGAAUAAAGAUCACUUUAUACAAAAUCCAGCAGAAUUGCGUGCUAAAAUCGAGCAAAAAAAACAAUCGGCAAGAGAAGACAAAAAUGCGCAUAAUAUAAAUGGCAAGCUUAAAGGUCAAAGGCAAGACAAAAACGUCUCAAUUAAAAAAAAAAAUAUACACAAAGCUACACAAGGUAAUCACAAUCGUCGCAUGGGCUCUCAAAUAAAAAGAAGACAAGGAAUGGUUCCAUCUUAAAACAGCACAUUUUUGCAAAAAGUUCCAUACGAUGUACAUACUGCCAAGCAAUGAACAUCUUAGUUAUUAGUUAUUUAGCAACCAUCUCAUAAAAAUAAAAAUUCUUAUAAUUUCUA